AUGUACUAUUUCACCUAUGAUCCUUGGAUUGGCAAGUUACUGUACCUGGAAGACUUCUAUGUCAUGGAACCUUUUCGAGGUUUAGGUAUUGGAUCCGAAAUUUUGAAGAAACUAAGCCAGAUAGCAAUUACGAACCGCUGCAGCUGCAUGAACUUCCUUGUAGUCAUAUGGAACCAGACAUCUACUGAAUACUACACCAGGCGGGGGGCCCUGGACUUAACCACUAGGGAGGGUUGGCAUCUGUUCCGGUUUGAAAGAAAAGAGCUCUUAAAAAUGGCUAAUGAAGACUGA